CGCAUCUUUUAGUUCGAGAGGUCAAAACUACUCGAAAUGUUCCAGUUAAAUUUUCGAGCAUAUUCCUGUAGUCAAAGGUGAGUAAAAAUAAUAACUCCUCAAUAAACAGUAGAUUAAUUUAUUUAACUGAGAGAAAAGAAAGCAAACUGUACUUCAUUUUAACUGCUUUUAACAAUACUUCAUAUCUCAAUCAACAAACUGUUUGAUUUCGCCCGUUUGUUUUGUAUUUUACAAGGCUGUCUUCUCGACGAUUUCGCUCAUAUUCUUUCUUUACUGUAUGGUUAAAAAAAACUGCCAAAGCUUGCAUAUCUACCACAACAACAGCAGGGUCCGUAAAAUUAAAUCUGAUACAACGAAACAUGACAGAAGAUACAAUUCUAGUUCCUCGUUGAACUACCUGCCUCGUCGAAUUAAAUUUUCUUCUGUUUACCACAGACAUACACAAACUUUCAGUGAUAUUUUUAUCAGGCUAACGAGAGACGAAUUUGUAAAAAUAUUUACAGUAAAUUUAAACUGCAUGUAGAAUAUUUUAUCCUGAGUCUGAGGUUUCGAAUUGAAAUAAUUAAUGAAUUUAGUCAUGCACCAUUUUGAAUAAUGUCGAGGCUUUUCAAUUGAAUGUCUGUUGUAGUCGUUUAAUUUAAGUAUCGCUGAGUAAUCGUGUGCAUCAAUAAAGCACGGUGUUUGAAACUGACUUAUAACUGGAGAACUCCCAGGAGAGUCAAACUGGUCUUUUCUUCAAAAUACAUCUUCUAAAUGCUAACAAGUACGCUAAUUUGGUUGAGAGUCAUGCUCUGUUAUAAUCUCUGUGUACUAAAAUAUUGUUAGGGACAACAUUUGUCAUUCUUAGUUCCAAAUUUGUUUUGUUUUCAGUAAGCAUACGACGAUAAUAGCCAAGAUCUUGCGGUAUUAUAAUCGAAAAUUGGUUUCCUUUUUCCUUUCUAAGAAGAUAAAAAUCUACGUUAAGAAGGAUUUCAGAAUGUUUACAUCUACAUACCCAGCUGUAGAUGUUUGAAAAGUGGACCAAAAUAAUUAUGAUAAGUUAACGCACGUCUUGGCCAAUAAAAUUUGAACUUAGUGCUAUUAUUAUUAAGUAAUAAAAGUUUCAGUCCGAAACAUAUAUGUAACUGGCAAAAAACGAAGUUAUGGUGAGGUUAAAUAAUUGUCUUUUCUUUCUCCUACAUGCUUUUGUUCACAUCCUCAUAAGUUGAAGACGUACAAAAUUCGACCAAUCAGGACCAGUCAUCGGGUUAAUCGUUUUUGUCUCGUGUUUGUCUCGUAGAGACAAAUAAUGGGUUCCUACUUCGUAUCCGCUUUUUGAUUGGUCUUUCAACGUCACGCCACUUUCUCUCAACCAGUCAAACGCAAAGCUAAUGUUAAUCGUGCGUCUGAUCAAAACUCAUCCUUGGAUGGCAAAUUUUAAACGUCAACCGUCCAUUUAACAAGAAAUUAAAAAUUCAUCAAAAUUCUUAGCAAGCUCUAGUGUAGGACCCAUCAAAAUCUAGGAGCGAAAUGCGGGAAAAAGCUUGCAAUUGUCGCAUUGGCAAAAAAAUAUUUAUACUCUCGUAUGAAGCAAUUUUUACUUGAAAUUAAACAAGUGCUAAAAUAUGAGGAGGGACUGGAUGCGAAUAUUCAACCCGCUCUUCGUUGAGGCCCUUUUUUUCCUCGUCAAACCACAGGAAACCCACAUUACUGAUGUUACCGUUUGUACAUUUGAGUAGCUGGAAACUUGAUCAGUCGUUGGUUUUCGCGUUGAAUAUUCUCGAUUAAGAUGUGAAUAACCUUUUACGCAGAAUUUUGCGUAUUGAUUGGUAUAAAACGAGUGUUAUGAAUAAAUCCCAUACUUCUCCCCAAAUACAAAUAAUCGAACGGGCGCACCGUUUGUGUGAGAUCCCUGUGGUCAUGCAAGGAAAGCUUCCAAGUGUAUUGUGGGAGGGGAAAGUGAACUGACUCGCUUCAUCAUACGAAGGUUGAAGCACUGAUUAGAAAAUUAAUAAUUGUAUUUUAGCUGUAUUAUGAAAUUGAUAAUCAGUUGUAAGCGCUAAAACAUUUUUCUAUGCAUAACUCAGAACAGAAAAUUGAAGUGAAAUUUUCCAAUAGGAAAGAAAUAGUUUACCAAACACGCGACGAAAUGUACCGUUUCCAAAAUUUCUCCGUUCCUAUCCCAAUUUACGAAAUUGGGUUCCCUUGACAAAUAUUGGAGGUAGAGAAUUAAGAACGAACACUCUUUUCGCUGCUCAAAAAUAUGCGCACACGAAUCAAUUCAUAUGCAAAUGAACCUUCGAGAACUUUAGCAGAAGGGCCGGCCGGGAAAAUUAUUUAAAUAUAUAACCAACCAGCAAGUUGAUAUUUCUCGCGUUACUCCUAAAUUGCAAGUGCAUCGGAAUAAAUCGUGUUCCAAGUUUCAGUGAAAUUAACCGCGGAGUGCUCAUGGUGAGUGAAACUAUAGAAAUUUUGCCUUUAUUUUUGUGGCUUGGUGAGUUCUGUCUUAUUAUCGAGGAUAAAUAUUAGUGCAAGUGAAGCAUACAACUUGGGUAUGAUAUUUAUUAUAUCAAUCAACAGGAUCAGUUAGCGAAUGAAUAUUUUAACGCGUGUUUGGGCUCUAUAUUCACGCAAAUUUCAAAUUAAGGAUCUAUUUCAACUAAAAUUUGGAGAGAUCUAAAUUUGCGAAAUGUUUCAAAAUGCUCUUUACGAUUAAGGCAUAUUUUUAGUAGGAGGGCUUGCUUGGACAAUACAAGAAUCGCGUAGCAUACGCAUAUCAUGUAAGUAGUCAGUAGGAAACUAAGGUAACAGGUGAAUGUACUUUAGAUUUUGCUCCUGUUUAGUCGAGCGUGAAGUGGAGAGCAAAAAAAAAAAUAACAGAGUUGAUAAUCGAAAGAGAAAAUUUUAAAAUGUCACUGAAAUGUCUGAGAAGUACAAGUUUGCAUCCAAUAAGACAGACAAUCGUGCACUAUCCUUUUAAUUGAAAUAUGGAAUAACGUCUUAACUCGUGUUCUAAAAAUCCCAAUUUUCACGUCGCCAAAUGGUAAACUCGAAAAUUAAUAGUGUAAUUUGUUGUAAAAAUAAUGGGUGGAGGGCUUGCCAACAUAAUGACACCUCUAAUAACAGUGUACAUGUGAUAUUUAGCGGGUAAAUAUUUUACCGUUUGUCUGGGCUAAGCACGCAAAAUUUUGAAGUAUGGAAAUAUUCUUCAAUCAAAUUUUAACGGAUUCGAGGUUUCAGAAAUGUUUCAGAAUCCGUAGAAUUUUCGAUGUAAGUAUGUUGUCGGAGCAAGAGCAGGAAAAUAUUCAAAUCCGGUGCAGUAUUUUCAUUAGUUUUUUCGCAACAAGAUAUAUAUUGGCUAACUUUUUAAAGUGUUUUUCAAGAAAAAAUGUACAAUAAAGAAAACGUUUUUGUUUUCGUAUGAGAAAUUAUUUUCAAAAGCGAUGUACUAGACGUGGUUCGGUUUCAUGCAGAUGGACUGCCAACCACCAUUCUCCUAACCGACCGUUUUGAUUCAUUAUCAAACUUGUCAACGUUUUCGUCGCGAAUAUCCUAAUUGCGCGUUUCACUUUGAAACUCGAGGAAGUAAAAUCUCUAUCAUAAAACAAUGGUUGAAAUGUUGGGUAAUACAAUGGUAUAUCCGGUAAACCAUGCAAGUGGAUUUUCUAAUUGCUAUUAAAACAGAGUAUGGUUUAAAGCCAGCAUAGCUUAUGCAAAUCCUGCCAUGUAUGUUAAUUUGCUAACGACUAUUUUUUGACCCUAAGCAAUUUGUUGCAUAAUUAAAGGUACUUUCGGGCUCACUAUCAUUCAAAAGAAUAAUCGAUAUCGCAGUUUUUGAUAAAAUAUUGUAUCAAGUGAGUAGAGCCUAAAAAAGAACAAUAACUUUUCCCCUCACUGUUUAGUUGUGCUGGAAGAUUAAAAAGUACGCAAAGAUGUUGUUACUAAGAGUAAACUUUAACUAAACGACUUUUAGAAAUUUUGUAUCGAAAGCUGAAACAUAUUUUCGGUUUCUUGGGAGAAUCGCAGCUUGACAUACCUGCUUGGCAUUUUUCCUGAGGCGAUAGCGCGCGAUCGACCUUGCUAGAAAUUUCCUUUUUUCACGUUCUCUUGUCUUUUAUUUUUAUACCACGACAACCUAUCGUCUUAUUCUGUCACUUUAUCACCCAGUAAACAAUUAAAUUCUGACAGUUUACAAACCAUUAGCGAGAACUAUUGUUUAAUUGUUUGCGAAAGCCUCUACUCCAAGGCAAAUUUUUUAAGGGUACCUGCUGCCCUCCCCUGUCCCUCUGAAUGUUAGUCCGCAGGAUGGCAUGGACACAUUGGCAAUUGACAGCAUUUGAAGGGAAAGAGAGGCGAAAAAGAACAUCACAGACAUGGCUCUGGAUAAGUGCCCUAACUUAUUGUGUUUGGGGGCGUAGCAAAAAAGAGCAAUUGCUCUUGAUGGCAUGGGGCAUAAGGGGUCAGUUAUCAUCAUCACCUGCGGGUAGGGGUUGGUGGAUUUUGGUUGUGACACAAAAAAGGUUCACUUGAUCCCCCCUUAGUUAUCAGUUAAUUGGGAGUCAAUCUUAUACAGUCACUCCUCUAUCUCCUUUAUACUCUAUUGGCGACAUCUGAUCCUCCCUCCGUUCCCCCGGAAACCCCCUUCCCCCCCCCGUGAUAAAUGCUGACUGGUCUCUAAGCCUGGGUGACUGCAAAUAGAACUCAAUGUUAACCGAACUACUCUCGACUGUGAUUCUGUGGGAUGGGAAAUGAGGUGGGACCAAUUAACUCAUCUUCACCUCUAUCAGGAUGGGGAGAAAUUUUGACAUAAAGUAGACUCACAGCAAAAAAGAGUGUUGACUGAACCCUGAUGCCAUCUCCCUUAGAACGGUUCCUCGAAAUGUAACGCAACAUGACAUCCCAUAGAAAAGCUGUGGACACUAUGAAGUGCUACCUGUGUGCAGGUCAAUUUGAGAGACAUAAACAUCCAUCAAAGCUAACGAUUACAACAGUAGACGGCGAAGGUUACUAACUCAUCAAGAGGCAUUAAAGAGGCUCGAAAUAUUAUCAAAUCCGAGACAAUCGGAAGCUUUUUCAGAAAAAUUCGCUCAAAGACAUACGAGCACAGAGACAAGAUAGAUGUUAUGUAGAAUGGAAUCAGGUUGGGAUGACUACAGCCCCUCUCUCACUCUCCUUGCUCGACUCGAUCCAUCCAAGCCUCGAAUGGGAUGUGACAAGUUCCAGGGAAAGCCAAAGCAAAAUGUCUAGGGGUCACUGUACUUGACAUCAAUUAGCGCCACUGUGGUUUUUUUAGUUAAAACAUCAGGUACACAAGAAUGCUGAAAUGCAAUGACAAUUCAUUUGAUUCAAUUAGUCCGGUAUAAACAUAACAAGGGCGGAAACAAGAAACAUCAACAAACAGUCUUUUAUCGAACUUAGCGCAGGUUAAAUGUUAUCAACAAAAAUACAACUAGGCAGCUUUCUUCUCAGCGUGCGAUACGACGCGGUAUCACCCGGUGCAUUUCUAACCAUCGCGCAGGUUCCCACAAGGGUACCUGUUAUCUCUCUAUAAGGGCAGCUGAUAACUAGUGAUAACACCCGGUGAUAAACACACCGAGUUUUUAAUGGCAUCACGAAGGUCUUCUGCUCCGUUUUUGCUUAUCAUGAAAUAAUGAAAAUCAGAACAUAUCAAUAACGGAUUUACUUAUCUUUAGAUGUGGAAUCAAUGGCGCAGAUACAAAGUGACUGAGGGAUAACUUGGCGAAAACCGAUUUAAAUGGUGUCAUUUCGCCCCAAAGAUUUCAAAAGGUAAGUUUGUAUCCACUCUCUCAAUAGCCACGCUUAAAACUCUAACCACAUUAACAAAGCUGACCGAAAUUGUUGAUGCAACAGAUAACACGAAACAACAACCCCUUAAAAAAAGAUAUGCAAACGUGAAUUUUCCUUUGAUUCGCCGCCCACGGAAAUUGUAAUCGAUUGAUCGAAAUUUAUUUCGGCGUUGAUGCGUCUAUCAAAGUUUAGCAUCUGUUACUUAGCGUGAAUUGGUUUCUUAUGGCGCCCUUAAGAAAUUCAUUCUGAUGCAUAUCUCUUCUGCCUUGUAAGGAAAAGUGUUAGUCAUCAAACAUCUUUAAACUUUGGUGGCUAUGGGAGAAAAAAUAUAUAAUUGUUUUUGUUUGAAUUUUAGAGCGUUAACACUUUCGACAUGAGGGUAUAAAUAAAUAAAUAAAUCAAGAGGUAGAGGGGUGAGCGUUUGAGAGAAAUUUGGGUUGAGUAUGUCGAUCAGACUUAAAACCUUGACCCUGUUGAGAAAAAUCUCUUCAUUUUGCCAAGCUGUUCUGGAUUAAGAAUUUUAAUAGAUUGUGGUUUCUCUACCCCAUCCAGCUGCUUACGCGCUUCCAUUAUACUGAGACAGAGUGUUUAGAAUUAUAUUGAACCCUCUAACUCCCAUGAGUGACCAAGACUGAAUUUCUUAUUUUAAUAUCAAUACAAUAUCAAGCGGACAAGUGAUGAGAAUAAAGAAAAAUAUCAAUGAGGGCAUGAUUAGUUGAUCCACUACCAAAUUCUCUCAACAAACAAAUAAGAAUGACACGGUCGACAGAAAGGAAAAUAAAUAAAUCUUAUUAGACGUUUUUGUGUGUAGUAUCGCUGAGUAUUUUUACGAGUUGUGUCGUAAUUUGAUGAGCCCGAUACAAACAACGAGUAAAAAUAUUCAGCGAUACUACACACCAAAACUUCUAAUAAGAUAUUUAGUAUCCAACUGCUGAGUCUUUCUGCUCAUUUCUCAUAAGGCGGGAAAAGCAAAGCGGAUAGAAAAGCGUAGCGCGCGCAGCCGACUGCUUAAACAGGUUUUUUUUACAGUACAAAAUAACCAACUGUCCAAAUAACCUUAAAAUUUCGCUGGAUAUUUUGUACUCAAUUCGCGCAUUAUUUGUACUUUACUUUGUGCAGUUGCAUGAUAACAACUGAUAUUCUCUUGGUUUCCAACUGUUAUAGCAGUAGCUACUUGAAUCGCUUACAUCGGAAUUUUUAUCAAAGAGAAUUCUAAUAAAAAAGCAAAACAAAAUUAGUUUACUGUUAAGUUAUCAUGACUUCAGCAAGCGAAAAAUGUUACCGCAAACACAAGAAGUAUUGAUACAAAAAAAAAUGCUUCCGAAUAAGAUCUAGAUUUGUUCGUUUAUUAAUCUAAGUAUUCCAUUACGAGGCGAUUUUUAUAUCAAAAUAAUAUGUAAGAUUUUCUCUUUCUUUUCUUCUCUCUCUCUCUCUCUCUCUCUUUUUUUUAGCUCUUUUACUAAAGAAUAAAACUCGUUUAUGAGUUCGGUUGCCAUGUCAUUUACCAAAUCGGAAGUGCUUUGUAAACUUCAUCAUGGUGUUUUAGGUUUGGCAGUUACUUCUUGUUCAGAUUUCCCCGUUCAAGACCUUUCCAACCAGUUUCAGCUCAUUUUCAGAAGGGAAUUUUUGUAUCGGACAGUGAUCCUUUCAUGUGUUGUCAUUCACUUGGGUGGUAGAUGGGGGAUGAUUCUCAAAUGAUCACUUUCAGUUGUUAAGAGGAUUAGGAUUAUCGGGCAGGGUUUCCUCAAGACCUUUUAUGGACAUAUGUUGAUAGUAAUUAUGUCAUUGGAGUCAUCUAACGAAGAGAAGAUCUCAUCACCGAUUUGGAAAAGAAAAAUCCGCGAGUAAAUUGCAGCAACUGUUUUCCAAAGAAUACAAUUGUGUUUCCAGCAUUACAGAGUGACAUGACACUAUUCAAACGGUUGAAUGAUUUUUAAAUCAGUCAACAGUUAAAACAUGAAACGAGCACAGUUACGAUCUGAGUAAAAAAUUAAAGUAUCGUAUUUCAAACCUACAUUUAGACGUUUUAGGAUGCGGGCCAACUCAUCAGCAACGAAAUAUAACAGCAAUAUUAAUCUCGACGUUGUGGGCAGAAGCGAAAAUAGGUACGAGAUCAAUGAACCUUUUAAAAAGGAGUUUAUUCACCAAGAACAAAUCACUUGUUAUUUCUUUGUCCUCAAUUGACGUAAAUUGAGUGUGAUAUUUUUCCGGCAAAAGGUGUCUAUCACUACAAAGGAAUUUUUAGAGUUCACGGGGCAAAGCGAGACAAGAUUUCCGAGGGUACUUCAUUCAACAUGCAAUAUUAUGCCGACGUCAUAAGUAGUAUGCCAAGCGUUCUGACACCUUUACAAAUUGUGCAACGUUUUACAUCCGAGAUAUUGCCACAAAGUUACGUGAACCGUGUCAAAGUAUUCUCCUUUUUCUGUUCUAGGGUAAAAGAUGACUGAGAUCCUGUUCAAAAUAUUAGUGGCACUAGUUCAGUUGAUUUCGCUGCAAUGGACAUCCAUUUGUGGUAAGUUUGACGGAUGUUUUAGUUAUAAAUUUUUUAAAAUAUUGACAAAUGCCUUGCGAGAAUGUUUCGCUGUGUUUAUGUCCCUUUUUCUCGUGGUUUGUAAGCUUAAAGCUACCCCGAUUAGCUGAGAUUAAGAAAGGAAAUUAAUGCGUUUGAAAAUAGUUCAAGAACUCAGUUUUUCUCUUGUACUGAUGAAAUACACAGAUGAAAUGCAAGACUUGAUCAGUGGAGGGAAAUGUUGUCAUUUUGUUUCAAAAUAUUGAUUAAAAAUGCGACUUCGCUCAAAACAAGUUCAGUCAGAUUAUUUUGGCAUAUGAUCUUGGCCCAAUGGAUUCGAACUAAAGGAUGCAAUUCAUUAUUGAAGGGUAGGCCGGGACAAAGUAUGUCACGCAAUAAUUGAAACUUCACCUACGCCUAGUUCCAUUUGACAUUUGUUCAUUUGUCUACGAUCAAUCCGUCUUUUUUUCUUUCGUCCCUUACCCGAGUCUAAAGAAUGACUGAAGAAUAUAAGUAAGCUCCACGCGAAGGAGCGAGGAUGUUAAGGUUUUGUGGAUUUCUUUACACUCGCACGUGAAGCUGCAAAAGAGAGGCUGAUCGUAGUCUAACCACGACACAAAAUCUAACAUCAGAUCCGCGUUGGAAACCACUCGGAAAGAGCUCUUGUCACAUGAUUCGUUGGUACAAGCUACGGUCUUGAAGCGUAAUUCGUGUGCAUCAACAAUCACGUAUCACAUCUGAUAAGGAGCAAAGGUUAGGCAUGUAGCCUACCUGGAGGGGGCGUAAGCCAACGCGAGUGGUGCUUGCGCUCAAUUUUGCAUGAGUGUUAAAAGCAACGAUAAACGGCUGCUAGUAUUGUGUUUGAUUUUAAACUGAAAACUGCAGCCCAGUGAACCUAACCGCUUAACACACCAGCAAACGCUCGUCUGUCGAUUACGCCUCAGAUGGCAUGCUAAUGCAUGGCAUUUCAACCGGACACAGCAAAAACAGCGCGAUUAAUCUUUGUCACUCAUCACCUGAUAAGUUACUUCCCAGGCGAGCCCUUAUUGUUUAGGCUUCCUGUCUCGCUCCAGAAGAUGAACUCUGAGCCUCAAUCGCGAGACGUCCUUGAAACGCCCGCAGUCUUUGUGGGUAGAGAACUAAAUUACCGCAGUAAAAACAACUAUUUUACGUGAUUUUUUUGUCCAACAUUUGAAACCUUGUGAGCAAGACUACUUAGGAUUACAAAGUGCUUUUCUGGGCCUCACACAACAAAAAAGUUAUUGAUUCUUAAAAUUAAAAGUUAUUUUCCUCGUCUUCAGAUGGCACUGUCCAUGUUCCCAAAGGGAAUUAUACCAUACCCGAGGGUGGCGAAUUAAGUAUAAAUUGUUCUGCGACAGACGAGGCUCUCACAGGUUGGUUUACGUCCAGCGGAAAGAAGAUAACUAAUGACCCGUCAGCUAGAGUCCACGUAAGAUCAAGUGGAAGUUUGAAGUACUUAGAGAUCCCUAGGGUCAACAAGGCAGACCGAGGAACCUACGAAUGUAGAGGGACUAGGAACAAGACGCAAAUCCGGCUGAAUGUCGAAUGUAAGUAUUAUGAGAGGAGAGGGACGAAGUAACGACUUAAAUGUAAUCUAGGACCCAUGCUCCCUGCGAUUGAUCUUGACUUAGAUCUUUAAGGGUCAGUCAGCUCAAGGGACAAUGAUUUAAAAGCCCAUGCUGAUGGAGCUUAUCCCGUUUCGUUUCCGUUGAAUAGAGCGGGAAGGAGUACUGUGACUCACCUCUACCCCGGAAGAUAUGCCAGUCUAUCGCAGGUGAAUUUAGUAAGGUUUUCCUUACUAUUUACUAGUACCCAUUUAUGCUCUUGGGUCUCUUGGGCGCUCGGAAAAUGAGCAUGCGCUCAUUCAACCGAAAAAAAACGGCGGAAAUCUGCAAUACUGUGUUUUUCAUGGCGGAACGUGCGCAAGCGCUACAAGUAAUUGCAUUCGGUAAGAGAAAGAAAGGAGGAAUACCUCAAAAAGUAUACCUUUUCCAGAUGAUAAGUCAUUGCUUUCUUUCUCCGUGCAAAUGUAAAGCGCCUGGACAGAAGUGUCGCAAAACGCAGGUGAACAAGUCUGAAUGAAUGACUGAGAGAGUAUGGGGCGAUUAUUAUAGACCAAUCAAAGAGUGUUGUAGUCUAGACGAGGGAUACCAAUGAGAUUACAUUAAUCGAGUAUCAAACCUAAUGAUAGCCCUCUUUUUUUGUUUGCAGAUAGCCCCGUUUUGAUCAGUGAAAGCUCCACGCACGGAACGAUAUUUUCAUCAUUAGACAGUAAUAAGGAAAUAACACUGAAAUGUAAAUUUGAUGGAUUUCCAGUUCCCGAAUUAAAGUUCCAAUUCGCUGGUGUUAAUUUGAAUAGCAUUUCCAACGCAUCCGGGUUUGUUUACUACAAGUUUCGUGUUACAAGACCAAGGGACUUUGGAUUUUACAGCUGUGUGGCUGAAAAUAAGAUGGGUACAGUAACACAUUACAUUGAGGUUUACGAAAGAGGUGAGUUUAAAUUCUUAAAAACUCGAUUGAUUAAGGUGAUGUAUUCGGUUAAGAAAACGGGAACCGAACUGCCGCCUGUUUUGCCGCCAGUUUUGCCUCGAUUUCACUUGUUGACAUCAAAGGAUAUCACUUUACAGUUCGCGCAGCUUGAAUAAAGUUUAACUGAAAUUUUUCAAACCUUUGUUUCAAAAGUAGAGUGUUUUAGAUACACACUUCUAUUUAAGGCUUCGUAGAGAAAUGAAAACGGAGGCUUUGAAAAUUUUGAGAAGAAAAGGCGUCAUGUAUUUUCGCCUGCAUCUGCAUUUUAAGGUUUUCAGAGUGGACGAUAGACGGUAGACAAAAACGCAUCAAAAUGCAUAUGUUUUCAAGUGAAAUUGUUUUGCUUCAUUUUGCUUGCUAAGGGAAGUCGCAUUCUAAAAGUGGGGCAUUUGCUAUCUUUCCGUUCCAGGUCCUCCUGAGCCUCCAAAUAACGUGCAAGCUUCAUCGACGUGUGACAGUAUAGAGGUCACGUGGGAGGCGUCUCUCAAGGAUGGCGGAAGUCCCGUGACAGGCUACACCAUCAAACUUUUGAAUGGAGGCGAAUCAGUUGCAUCGGAAUCUUUAACGAAUUUAAGUCGCUCCAAGAGCUUUACAAAUCUUAAAAAGAAAACUGAAUACGAAGUUCGAUUGAAUUCUAACAACGCACUUGGCGGUGGAGAGUGGAGAAGUAUUUCUCUCAAUACUACUGUUGCAUGUAAGGAAAUACGUGGCAUAUCCAAGGCCUGUUCGAAUUAGGGAUCGGUCAUUAUUUAUCGCCAGUGGGGUGGGGUUCGGAGGAGUUUGGUUAUGUCACGUGUCCCCCAUAAGGCUCUGCAAUAUUCUUAUGAUCCCCAUCCCUCCCCCCUUCCUCAUUAGUGAUCAAUUUCCCAUGGUCCCCUUUUAUAGCCGUUAGGCGACGACUGGUUCUCCCUCGGUUUCAGCUGAAACCAUGUGAUCGACCCCAAUAUCUUCCACCCCCCCUUCACCCCUGCAAAGCGAUAAAUAAUGACUGAUUGUGUAAAAGCCUCGGCCACCAGCGAUCUGUGUUUAGCUCUCGUUGCAUUGAUUUAUCAUUUUGUUUACGUUUAUUCUGAUCGGUAUCUGAAAUUGCCUCCGUUCCAGGAAGCUACGUUUUGCGAGGCUUUGCAUAUUUUCGAGCAAACCACGGUCUUUACUGAGACGAAUAUAAUUUCCUUAAUGAGCAAAGCUCAGGGUUGGUUGACUUGCGAAAUAGGUUCUUUUUAUUGGUAUUGCUGCAAUAAGCUAUGACUGAAAUAAAAUCGUAGAGCACCACUCUUCGGGGAUUGGUUCGGACGACAUUUUCCUUCGCCAAGAGCUGAUGCCUUCGAAGACGUUCUACGCGUUUCUUGACAUCCCAAGAACGGCUGCGAAAAGGACUUGUUGGAUGAAGGAAGAGAUAAAAAUUUUGACAAGGGACCUGCAAUCUUAACCGUUAGCAGGUAAGCAAACUGUUAAAAACUUUAUCCAAGCCAAUUUUCUCUUCUUUCUUAGGUCCUGAAAAACGUGGAUCUUCAGGCAGCGAGUUAAAAGUUGUAACUUCGAUUCUUACGCUUCUGAUAAUGUCGACGUUCGUUCACCUGGUGCUUUGAGUAUGGAUUGUUGCCCCGGUACUGGUACUGUCACUAUGGUCAGAGAUAUUUGGCGCACCAAACACGCUUGAAUAAAACUGUCGAGACUACUGGGAAAAGUUAACGAGAGCAUCAACAAGAUUCAGUACUUGCGUUUUUUGUGUGGUGUACAUUUUGAGAUCAACGACGAAUAAUGGUCCAAACAUAGAAAAUCACUCAGGAAGAUUAGGAUUCUUAGCACUGGGCUGGUACUAGAUUAAAUCUCUAAAAAUAGGGAAAAUUCUGGAGAGACAGACAGAAAUACAAAAUUUAAUUUAUGUUAAAAUUUAAUUAAGGUUUACAUUUUUCAGCAUAUAACCUACCCCAUAGUGAUGAACAGACGAGGUAAACGGUGAGAAACCUGGAUACGAGUGCCUUAACUUGGGGUAUUUCUUAUCCCUUACUCUCCUAGAGCCACUGAAAAGUCAGAGUAAUUUAACUAACAAUGCCAUUUCUCUCCCAAAAUUUCGCUUUCGCGAGUGGUGGCCCCUUUCAAAGAAUGUCUCACGUAACAAAACGUACGCCGAGAGAGAUAGCGAUGGACUCCAUUUUCGGAAUUAAGAAGAUAAUUAAAAUUUUCGUUAAGCGGAGUGGAUUAAGUUAUCGGUAAUAUUCUCCUACAAUGUCUUUGCGUUAAACUUUUAGACGAAGCUUUUCUCAAAUGUUGGUUGAUGGGAUGUACGUUGACAUUGUGUCUCUCUAUAAAGUUGAUUUUAACAUUUUUGCUGUUAUAAGAGGGGAACCUCUCUUGCGUCGAUGAAAUCCCCUUGCUAUUUUGUCAAAGAAAAGUAAACAAAUGAAGAAAUAGAUAACAAAAAA